AUGGCCUACCUUCACGAGGAGGGGGAAGCGGCGCGGCGGGAAGAAGAAGGAGCUAGCCAUGUGAGUGUAGAGAAUACAAUUAGAUGGCGUACUGUGAGAAACAGUGACGGCGAGGAAACUAAAGAGUCGAACGCCCGUUUGGUCCGAUGGUCAGACGGCACAUACUCUCUACUCCUUGGCAAUGAGUUUUUCGACGUGAACUGCACAGAAGGUGCUCCACAUCAGUACCUUACUGUCCAAUUCCCAGACGAGGGCAUUUUCCAAGCACAGAGCCGGGUCCCGCGCACAAUGAUGUUCAGGCCAUAUGGUGUCAACCAACUUGUACAUAGAAAACUCACUCGCGAGAUUGCAAAGAAACACGAGAAGAAAAUAAAAACGAAGCAGAUCGUAACGAUGAUGGAUCCCGAAAAGCAGAGAGAAGCUUUGGAAAAGUCCGAAAUGGAAAAAUUGAGAGCGCGGCGACGUUUGGAGGCAAAACGACGUAACGCUACGCUUGGAGCGAGGGGGUUGACAUCCCGAGAUCUCGAGGACGAUUCCGAAGAUGAUGAACUCUACGUUCGAGGCAAUGCUAAUAUUCGGCAAGCUCUUGACAAAUACGAAGAUGACUUUGUUGUCGAUGACGAUGAAGAUGAUGCAGCAGACGAAGAAGAAGAGGAGAGGGAACGGAUAAAUAGGGAGCGUAUCAUGAAGGCUAAGAGACAGGAUAGUAGUCGGCGAACAUCGCAAAGCGGGGAGGCUAGUCGACGGGGUGAAUCCACCAUAACACCGAAGAGAAAUGUAGAAUCCAGUGACCCCAUGGACGUGGAUGACGAUGUAGAUGAGGAGGACAAUGUGAUGAGAGCAAAGAAAAAGCGUCACAUCAUUUCAAGCGAUGAAGACGACUGA